AUGUCGCUAUCGAAGUCUGAGAAGUUAUAUUACUUGUUGGGACGUUUGAAGGGACCCGCGCAGCUAGUAUUUUCCGGCAUAAGUCCCACCGCUGAUAACUACGAAUGCAUUUGGAACGCAUUAGUAACCAAAUAUCAAGACAAGCGUUUUUUAGCAAAUGUAUUUCUUGACAACAUUUUUGAUUCAAAGGCUUUGCCGAACCCCGCUACCGCGUCUCAGUUGGAAACGUUUAUAGAUAAGUUUGCCGCAUCUGUCGCCGCGCUAAAACAAUUAAAUAUUGUAGGCCUGAGCGAUUAUAUUUUUAUUUAUCUCGCUUUGAAACGUUUGGACCGUGACACCGCAAAAGCAUUUGAAAUGUUUGUUCGUGACACUGACAUACCUACUUAUGAUCAGUUUAUCGACUUCAUGAAGGGCCAAGUUAAGAUUAUACAACGCACUAACAACACGGCUACUUCGUCGAAAGUUGUUCAAAAGGAUGUUGUUAAACCAAAAAUGGUGGACAAACCGCAGCAAGUCUCAUCAACGCCGCAAGACGCCGAGUCACCCCACCACGCUGAUCGACAUGCAACGACGUCGUGUAUGCCGGUCUCUCUCCCGCAAAGACCUCAGCCGCAUAACCAUGUCUCUUCUCCCGCUCCCGCACACUCGGUGGACGUACCCAUCGCAGGCAGUGUUUCUUAUCUGUCUGCUGAUAAUCCGCGCGCGAAUUUUAACUCGCAGAACCCGCCACUUAGUACAUCUGUUGUAUUAGGUACCGCUUGUGUUUACGUCCGCGAUCGUUAUGAUAAUCUCGUCCUAUGUCGUUGUAUUAUCGAUCCGGGCUCGCAAAACAACUUCAUUACCGCUUCUUGUUGUCGCAAAUUAGGGUUAAACAUUGAACAAUUAAACCGCAAAACUAUUAUUAAAGGUUUAGGUGACCAUUCGAGUACCGCUCGCGGAAAAACACAUUUAACUUUUCAUAGCCGCGUAAACGCUGAGCAAAGCUACUCGAUGGACACUCUAGUCCUCAAUACAAUCACCGAAAAGUUGCCAACCGUCCCGAUAAAUAUUUCAUCGUGUGACUAUUUAAAAACAAUACCGCUCGCUGAUGAUAACUUUUCUUCGCCCUCUGAUAUUGAGAUUCUUAUCGGUGCUAAACUGUUUGUUGACAUUCUAUUACCGGAUAAAAUAGUCGGACCGCCGUACUGUCCGUCCGCUUUUUCCACCACUCUCGGUUAUAUAGUGAUGGGCGAUGCUCAGGUUGAUACGGAACCCGUAAGUUCUGUUUCUUACUUCGCUACCGGCGAAUCUAUACAUGACGAUCUGGAAAAGUUCUUCAAGUUAGAGGACUUAAAAGAUAAACCUUACUGA